UGGCUGAUAAGUCUCUGUUAUGUGUUACCUGAGCCUUUUGUGGCCUAUAUUAUCAGCGCGUUACAUAAAUGAUGGAUGACUCCAGGGCCUGACAGCGCGUCCCGGCGGGGCGCUACCGCCUCUGUCCGGAAGAUGGCGCUCUCUGCCUGCGCGGCUCUCGGGGCGCAGCGGGGAGGCACCAUUGACUGGAGCCUAACGACCAUUAUUUCGUCAUCAUUUGUAACCAUGGAGCAUGAAUUACCUCUUGAAGUCAUCAGUGAGGAUUUACGACUGGUCAACAAAGGCACGUGAUUCCCGAACGCUCUCCCAUAUUUGGCCGCAUACCUGGCAAAGUACAGUAGGGCUUCAUUGCUUAUAAUUCAUGAUUGCAUCCAUAAAUCGUGCAAGCACACAGGAUUAUAGCGACAAAGAUCUACAAAUCGAGGCUUUAAAAAUCCAAGCAAAUGAGCUCUUACUUUGUAAACUCGUUCUCAGGGCGCUAUCCAAAUGGCUCCGACUAUCAGUUACUAAAUUAUGGGACUAACGGCGCUGUGAGCGGUUCCUUCAGAGACCCUGGCACCAUGCACUCCGGGUCUUUCGGCUACAACUACAAUGGCAUGGACCUAACCGUGAACCGCACCAACACCGGCAGCCACUUCGGGGCCGUGAGAGAGGAUGCCCGGGGAUUCGCGCCGGACGCCCGCUACAGACAGACACCCAACUGCUCGCUCUCAUCUCCAGAUCCGGUGCCGCCGUCGUGCGCCACGGCCAGCCGGGAGCCGCUGGAACUAAAAAGCCCCUCUCCUCCCUCUGACCGGAGCUCGACCUCGAGCGGCAACAAUCUCAACAAAAGCAACAACGCUCAUUUCACGGAGAUAGAGGACGCCACCGUCGCCUCCGAGACCGAGGAGGGCGCGCACAGCAGCGGCGGCUCCAGCACGGCACCACGGGCGCAGCAGCAGCAGCAGCAGCAGCAGGACCCCAACGCCACCUCCUCCACUAACACAUCAAAUGAUUGCCAAUCGCCACAAAUAUUCCCCUGGAUGCGGAAACUGCACAUAAGCCAUGAUAUGACUGGACCUGAUGGGAAAAGGGCCCGAACCGCGUACACCCGGUACCAGACGCUAGAGCUGGAGAAAGAGUUUCACUUCAAUAGGUACCUAACCAGGCGGCGGAGGAUAGAGAUAGCCCACGCCCUGUGUCUUUCCGAAAGACAGAUCAAAAUCUGGUUUCAGAACCGCAGGAUGAAGUGGAAGAAGGACAAUAAACUGAAAAGCAUGAGUCUUGUGACAGGAGGCAGCGCCUUCCACAACUGAAUAACUUUUGGUUGGAGAGUUAAAAAAAAGAAUAAGUAAAAAACAAAUAAAAAAAAAAAAGAAUCCAUGAGUACUGUAAAGCUAUUUGAAAGCGCAGCACCUUCCAGCAUGCCAUUGUGAUAGAAAAAGAAGUAUUCUGUGGUCUUAAAAUGCCAUUUUUAGUUCCCUGUUGUUGUUCUAUGAUAGCUUAGAUGUCCUGUUUGGAGAAAACAAGAUGUAAAUAUUAUUGGGGGUAUUAACUGUCCAUGCUUUUUGCUCUGUCUCUCCCUCUUUCUCUCUCUUGAAGGUGUUUCAACUUGAGCUCUUUAUUGUGACUUCUUGACGGUCUAACAGGAGUAAAUUCAUUGUACAGUUACAAACAAACAAAAAAAGAAGAAGAAGAAAAGUUUCCAAACCAUAUGCUGCUCUUCAUUGAAUGUAAUGUAUCCCGGGGCCAUUCAAAGCGCUUUAGUGUCAGUUUUACUGCUAUUUUUGAUCUUGUGGCCACAUCCAUAAAGUUUCAAGCCAAUGUGUAGCUUUAGGAUAUUUUGUGCAUCUAUGAUUAUUAUUAUUAUUAUUGUUUAGGAUAAUUAUGAGCAAUGCAAAUGUAUUCAACCUGUCAAUGUGAUAAAUUUUUAGUGCAAAGGGUUAUUCUGUGGAUAGGCAGUGAUGUAAGCUUUUUUCGCCAAUAAGCUUUUUGUAUUUGUAAGUGAACUCAUAGCGCUUGGAAAUAAAAGUUUCUCCCAAUUGCUUUGUCUCGACUGUAUUGUCAUUAAAUACAAACACGUCAUAGUUAGGUUUGCUUUUUAGAAGAAGAAGAAGAAGAAGCUGCGUAAAAACUUGUGCUUCGGUCCUGACCCAAAAUAAACCCACUAAUGAUUAACCUGCACGAAUUAUAAAAGUGUCAC